CCCUUGUAUUUACCGGAACACAAUGGCACUCACACAAGAUGAACUUCGAAAAGCAAUAAAAGACAUACUGAAGGAUGCCGAUCUUGAUAGCUUGUCGGCAAAGAAAGUUAGACUACAGUUGCAGGACCAGUAUGACACAGACCUCUCAGAUAAAAAAAAAGAAAUAGAUCAGUUAGUGAUGGAACUUAUAGAAGAGAGUCAAGAUAGUCAAGAAAAUGAAGAUGAUGCAAGUUCUGAAGAGGAGGAGUUGGAGGAUGAACCACCUAAAAAGAAACCAAAACCAACAAAGAAAGCCACAGCCACAAAGCCGAAACCACAACCAAAGAAAACUCCAGAAAAAGUGGUAGCAGUAACAACUAACAUGAGUGAUUCAUCAGAUGGUGAUGAUGAUGAUGAAGCAAUGGCUCAGAAAUUACAAGAAGAAUUAAACAGUGGUGGUAGAAGAACAAGAUCAAGAAAUACAAAGAAAAAAGAAAGAAAAACUCCUGUUAAAAGAGAAAAGAAGGGCACAUCAACAUAUAGUCGGCCAUGUUUGUUGUCUCAAGAAUUAGCAGAUGUUAUGGGUGCUGAUAAGUUGGCAAGAAAUGAGGUUGUGAAGAAAAUGUGGCAGAUAAUUAAAGAAAGAAAUCUACAAGAUCCCUCCAAUAGGCAGUUUAUGAUUUGUGAUGAACAAUUAUUACCUAUAUUUGGCAAAAAGAAAGUCAAGACAUUUGGAAUGAUGAAAUACCUGAAAAAUCACAUAAAAGAUGCAAAAGAUGUAACAAGUUGAUAAAAGAUCUAAAGAAGUAUGUCAUACAUUUUAUCAUUACCAUGGAAACCAUUAGUCACAGCAUUUCAAAUAUUGUGUUCAUAGUUAAACUGUUGGUCCUCAGAACACUCUAGAUAUUGAACUUAUUUUUGUCACAAUAGAAUGUGGAUAAGUCACAUGUGCUUUAUGUGAUCAUUGGUAUAAAACAUAUUUGUAUAGGUGAAGCUGUAAAUAUGGUUUUUAAAAGGUCAUAGUUCACAAAGGUAUUUACAAAUGUAUGGUAUUUAUAAACUUUGUAAAAAUGUUUAUAUAUUUACAUGUUUGUCUACUAAAUGAUGUCAUGUAUGAAGUCAUUCAACCAUAACAAAAACUCUAGUUGCUCAUGUUUUAGGUACAAAUUAAUAUGCAAGCAAACAAAAUCAAAAAGUGAGGUAGACAUUCACAAAGAAUACAAUUUUUACAUUGUUUCACCUUAGUUUCAAUUAGAACAAACUAUAAAUUAUGUGAUUAAAAUAUCUAUUUACCUGUUUGUCUGUUCAAUAUCUCAAAUUAGUUAAAAGAUAUUAUAGGGAAUAAGAAACAUUAGCAGGGGAAAUAAUGAUGUCAUUGUGAGUUCUCUGUUGUUACAUUCUUGGAAAGACCUCAUAUCACUUAGCACAGAUCCUUCACAUGUUUGAAAACUUUUUUGCAAUGUGACAUAAUUAGUCUGUUGUAUGAGGUUUGAUAUAUAUGCCAUAGUUUAAUGAUUAUCAUGAACAUUUUUUUCAUCUUAUGGUUUCAUAUUUACAAAGUGCCAUUUGUUGAUACCAAGUUACUCUUAGCAUAUCCGGCUCAAAUCUCACUUAUAAGCAAGUCUCAUAUACAUGUACAUUGAAACCUAUCUGUACCAAAACCUUUUUUGUUUGUCUAUGUUAGGUGUUUGGAUUCAUGGGGCAUUCUUAGUGCUACUCAGUACUUAGAAUGACAUAUAAAAGGAUGUGUAUGGUAAGAAUAGAGGUUGACUGAGACCCCAGACCCAUCUUAUACAAUGCAAAAAGAGUAUAUUCAUGAAGAAAUUUGUCUAUAGCAGAACAAUAAAGGCUAUCCAGUAAUCUGUUUAUAUGAAAUUCUUAAGUUUGAUGCAGUGAAAUAGGCUUCAUAUUAAAAUUCCCCACUGAAACCACAUUAUUGAUUUUUUUUUUUAUAUUGUGCACAUGAUUAGAAUUUAGUUUUUAAAUUAGUGAAGUUAUCAUUUAUGUGUCAUAUUUUCUAAAUCAUUCUCAUGUGGCAUUAGACUCAAAUAUGAGUAUAAAUCAGCUAUAAAAAGUGUAGAUUUUUUUUUUAAACGAAAUAUGUUGUAAAAAAUUUAGAAAGAUUAAAUAUUUGACUAUAAACUGUGGUAAAUUGAGAUACCAAUCACAGUGCAUUCAUUAUUAGUGUUAAUGAAUCUAAAUAAUUUAUUGACCUAAAAUUAACUGUUUGGACACAACUUCCUGAUGGAAGUUAUAGUGAAAGACUACAGUUUGAUAUAUUAACACUUUUCACCUGAUCUGAUGAUUAUUGUUCAAUCAAACAGGAAAGAAGAGUCUAGCAGUAUUAUUGUUAUACUGACAGCAUCCAGAUUUAGCAACACUUUGUGAUCACUUCAGUCUGGUGUUUGCCAUCAGUGUCAAUUUUUUUUAAUCUGCAGCUUCUCAAAAUUCAAUAACCUUUCAAAAAAAAAUUUACAGGACAUAAAGUUGUGCACCUGUUGUUUUAUUUUUAGCAGUUAAAAUGAUUUUUGGGGUUUACUAUACCAAAACAUGGACUUUAACCAUUCUGCUUAUAAGUUUGUUAAUCGGCAACUCUUUGGAAAUGAUUUGACAGAGUUCAACCAAACAAGCACAAAUUAUUCUAUAGAACAUGAAAUAGCAUACCUGCUAUUUUAUUUUUGAUCUUUAGGUUUCCCAUUACAAGAUAUGGAUAGUAUAAUAGUCCCAGUAUGGACUAAGCAAUCUCUGCUAAUAUCAAUUUGUUAGUCAACAUCUCUUUGAAAAAGGCUUACUAACCUUAUUCAGAUUCAUCUGCAGGAUUAUUUCAAGACAGCAGGCUGCACAUGUCUUCUUUGGAAGACUUACACUUUUUUUAAUUUUACAUAUCAUUUUAAGAUGACGAAAAAAUAUUUCUGAAAUGUACACGACACUUCAAUGUGAUAACAUAUAUUGUCUUUACACGAUAUGAAAAUUAACUUUAAACAGUAUGUAUGUAGAAUAGAUAUUUUUUUUACAAUUUUUAUAGAUCACAUGCUUGCAUUCCAGUAUGUAUGUUGAACAAAUGCAGAACAUAUCUGUGAUUUUAUAAAUAGUUUGAUGUACAAGAGUGAUAAUUGUAUUUAUAAUAAAAAAAUUAGCAUUGAUUUGGUAUAUCAUAUGCAUGCCUACCUGCCAACCUUCUUGAGCUACAAAGUUGGAGUUCUCCCUCUUUUAAGCUCCAUUUUGGGGGAUAUGGAUGACAACAUUCAAAAUUUUGUAAUGAAAUACAAAGUAUUUUUUAAUACUUCAGCACAAAUGGAUAAAUUUAAUUAUCUAAACAUUGAUUUAAUUAGUUAAAAGAUAAAAUAGGAAAAAUACCCAACUCCAAGGAAAAUUCAAAACUGAAAGUCCUUUAUUACAUGGCAAAAUCAAAAGCACAAGCACAUCAAACAAAUGAAAAACAAUUGUCAUAUUCCUGACUUGGUACAGGCAUUUCCUAAAAGAACAUCCUUCAUGACAUCUUUUUAUUAUGUUUUUGCAAUACAGUAAAAUCAAUCACAGAAAAGACUAUCGAAACAACUGAAAUGAUGAAAGCAUGAUUUUUAUUUUGUCAAAGAGGGAGAUUUCGACCUUGCAGGUGACAGGUCCAAUUUUUAAAGGAAAAGCAGGAGUUUCCCACUAGUUAGAACUGAGGUAUUGGCAGGAUGAGCAUGAUUAAUUUCAGCAGUCCGCUGCUAAAGUAAUGCAAAAUAUUAAGGGUAAAUGCCGUUGGAAAAAAAGAUAUGUUCUUUUUAAUCAAUUUUAUUUACAUGCAUUUUAAUUAAUAUGAAAAAUAGACCUGUUGUCACUGUCAUCUAUAUAUUAUGCAGAUUUGUUUAGAAAUAUGAAUAUUUUACAUGUAUUUUUUGGUUGAUAAUUGUUGUCCUGGAAUUGUUUUGAUCAUUUGAAACUAUGUUGUUUUAUUUCAGUUCACUACACAGUCUUUUUUAACAUGAAAAUAUUAAACUGAAUAAAGCAUUUAAAUGAAA